CACAACCCAGAGGCUCCAAAACCCAAAACAUGUAAACAAAGCAACACAGCCACCUUACACUUUAUCAUGCACAAAUAUUUCAAAUUAAUUUUACAUUUAUCCAUAUAAUUUCCUGGAUUCUGUCCCCAAAUCUUUCCCCUGUUCCACUUUCUCCCAUUGUCUCACAAAAGAAUCGAUCCUUAUUGUCACAAUUAAAGCAUUGAUUCUUAUUCCUACACUUAACUUUCCCUCUUUCCCCUUUCUAUUUAUCUUUAAACUUCUUUGCAUCUUAAUCCAAGCAUGGCAGAAAGAGAUGAAGCGCAAGAACACGUCCAAAAUCCGAAGGAUUUGAAAGAAGAAAAGAAGGGAGCAAGACCAUGCUACCCAAAAACCACUCGGCGCUCUGUUUUCGCAUGCAUAUCCAUCUUCCUCCUCAUAAUUGGCGUGGUGGCUCUCACUCUCUGGCUUGUGUACCGCCCCACUCACCCUCAAUUCAGGGUGGUUGGAGCCGCAAUAUACGAGCUCAACAUCUCAUCUCUGCCACUGCUGUCCACAAGGAUGCAAUUUACAAUCCUUACAAGGAACCCCAACAGGCGAGUUGGGAUCUAUUAUGACAGACUCACUGCGUUCGUGUCGUAUAGGAACCAGCAGAUAACGCCGCAGGUGAUGCUGCCUCCCCUGUUCCACGAAAAGCGGAGCACAGUGGCGAUGUCCCCUGUACUAGGAGGUGGGGCGGUGGCAGUGCCGUUGGAGGUGGGAAAUGGGUUGGUCACGGAUGAAGCGAUUGGAGUUGUGGGGUUGAGAGUUGUGUUGUUGGGGAGACUAAGAUGGAAAGCUGGGCCAGUCAAGACUGGGCGUUAUGCGGUAAUUGUGAAAUGUGACGUGUUGGUGGGUCUCAAAAGUGGGGUGGUGGGUCAAGUUCCGUUGCUUGGUUUCCCCGCUUGCCAGGUUGAUAUUUAGGCCAUGUGGUUAUUACUCAUAAUGGAUGUUUCUAAAUGUUGUUUUAUUACUUGGUUUGAUUUAAUAACAUAUAUAGAUGUGAGGAGCAGAAUAAAUUUGUGGCUCUUUCAUUGUUGAA